AUGGAGAACUCAGAGGGUAGCAUUAUCGAUCUCUACAUCCCCCGCAAGUGCUCUGCCACUAAUCGCUUGAUUACUGCCAAGGAUCACGCUUCCAUUCAACUCAAUAUCGCUGAUGUUGAUGCUGAAGGUCGCGCCACCAACUCUUUUGUUACUUAUGCUCUUUCCGGAUUUAUCCGUAAAGAAGCUGAAGGUGACGACGCCAUUAACCGUCUCUCUCAACAAGAUGGAUAUUUAAAGAACGUCUUUUCCUACCAACAAUAA